UCGCGCGUUCGAAAUUCUAAAUCCAAAUUUUGAAAUUGACUUUUUAUUUUUUCGUGAUGGAGAAGUCGAGGUAUCCGAGGAUCCACUCCUACGGGAGCAUGAGUUCGAGGAGUGACGAUGACAUGAUCGUGCACAGCCAGCUGUAUCCAUACCCGAAGAAGAUGAUUGUUGAGAGGGAGAUUUUGUAUGAGGAGGAGCACCCCCCAUUCCAGCCUCUGUUUGCUACAUCCCGUUUCUUUGGGAAGGCGAGGUUCACCUGUCUGCUGCUGAUCUACGUGGUGUUCUACAUGGUGUACCUAGUCACUGGUGCACUGGUGUUCUCAGCGCUCGAAGCUCCCAUGGAGAACCAGAUCAGGCUUGAUGUCAUCAAGGCGAAACAGGAGUUCAUGCUGCAAUACCCCAACGUCACAGACGAAGCCUUGGAGGCCCUGCUGGAUGAGGUGAUCCGAGCCAGCAACGUCGGAGUGUCCGCCUCAAAGAACGUCAACGGCGGGCCCAACUGGAGCUUUGGACAAUCCUUGUUCUUCUCGUCCACUGUGGUGACCACUAUUGGUUACGGCCACGUGACUCCUCUCUCGAAGCCAGGCAAGUUGUUCUGCAUGGUGUACGCCCUGUUCGGAAUCCCGUUGACCCUGGUUCUGCUGUCGGCCUUCGUUGAGCGCCUGCUGGUGCCAGCGACGGCGCUGCUGAGGACACUGAAUGCUUCCCUGGGGCAUCUCUUCCAGCCGUUCACUAUCCGGGUCAUGCAUUUGACUAUUAUGGCAUCAAUAUUGGUGGGACUCUUCAUGGCUGUCCCGGCGGGUAUAUUCGCGUCGCUGGAGCCCGACUGGGACUACAUGGACUCGCUGUACUACUGCUUCAUCUCGCUGACCACCAUCGGGCUGGGCGACUACAUUCCCGGGGAUUCCCCUGGGCAGGCGUACAGGCCGCUAUACAAAGUGGCCACCACUUUCUACUUGCUCAUCGGGCUGACGUUCAUGAUGCUGACCCUGACGGUGUUCUACGACAUCCCCCAACUGAACUUCAGCACCGUGUUCUCCUCCGUGACUCUUCAAGAGGAUCCCGAGAAGAUGCGUCUUAGCGGUUCAGGCGUCAUGGGCCAAGGGUACGGGAUCGGCGGGCUAGUGAUGCGAGAUGACUUCAACCACCAUGACCAGCGCCGUUCCGUUGUCCACAUCAGACCCCACCUGGACGACAGCCCAAGCCCUGAGGACACCACACCUGUCCACGCCCGAGACAUGCGAGUGCAUUGAACGACUCACAACCAACUAUUGUCUCGACCAGGGCCGAAUUUAGCUGCGCCUGCUACUUCUACUAAACUUUAAGGCUGGAUUGCACCAUCUUACUUUAACUUUGACAAGCGUUAAAAUCUUAUUGACAGGUAGCUAAUAGCUCAUAAGAUAGGCCCCCUUAGUAAUAAAUUGAUGUUUAUUUACUAAACCUUUCUGUUUGUCACCUGUCAUCCGCUUUGCAACGGAGGGAAGUCGAACCUUAACUUCGAACUCCUCUUAAGUUCUUCUGAUUAAUUUCGUUGCGGAUCCAAUGACAGCUUAACUUUCCCCCGGGACAAACUUGACCUUCGCUGGUUGGGUUUUUAUUGGCGGUCAAGCUGUAGAUCCUGGACACAAGAGUUGCAGCGGUGGGAACGAGAGGUGGGAAUAGUCCUGUUAAAAACGCCAUAAAUCUGUCAAAUUCCAUACAAAAAACAUCGGUUAUCGUUUACGGUCAAAGUUAGGUGGUGCAACUUAGCCUAAAACUUCGUAAUUUCAAUCCCCGCUAAAAUCGGCACUGGCCAAAGACGACACGGCGACAGUUCUCUCUAAUCUACGUUUUGGAUUGUCCUAUCACUUUCAUCAGUUUCUUAUAAGCGUGCAAGUUCGUGUGGGUAGUAAGAUAUUACGCGUCGCGGGUAGUUUGACUCGCGCGGAUGGCGUCUGGUGCUAGCUCGUUGGAAUUGGAAUGUUUAAAACAAAACCACUCCCUUUUAAUUUAGUAUUUUACAAUGUAUUUAGUAGUUUAAUUUGUUAACAUUGCACAUACAUUAAUGUAUUAGUCGUAGGAUAGGGUAUGUACCUACUAAUUCGUCUACUUUUUCUUUUUCCUUGCCUUCUGUUUGUCUCACUUUCUUCUUCUGAAUAUUCAGCUGUGCCCGUUAUGAGAUUAUUACAAUUAGCAAAAAAAAUAAUAUCGUGCCGUUAUUUUUUUUUUAAUUCGAUGUUUAAAUAGGUAGGACCUAUAGUAGUAGGUACCUACCUACUUCAUGUUUCUUACAGUGCCAUACGCCCUAUCCCAUUAAUUAAUUUUAGACUUAAAUUAUUGUAAGAACUGUAAAAAUUUAAUAAUUCGAAUGUCGAGUCCGACUCGAAGUUAGUUGGUACAAAAUUAUUAAUAUCUUGUCUCAAAAUAAUUUAGUGCAUGAUUGAUUUAUAUUAUUGGUAAAUUAAGCGCGAAGUAACAUUUAUUUAUGUAUGUUUGUACUGUUUUUAUUAAUAUAAUAAAAAUAUAUAAGUGUGAAGCAACACCGUAAGGUAAGUUAUUCACGUCCCUGACUCUUUCGUUAUGUUUUAAGUUAAAAUCCAUUUUAUCGAUAACCGUCCUUUGCUAUUCAACAUUUGAAGUCUUGAAGGUAUGAGCACAUUUGAUGUUUCAGAGAGCUGCUGGUUUAACUAGUUGAACUGAGUUUAAGACUGACGCGGUUUUUUCAAAUUUUCACACUUUUCUAAUUGUUUUUAUAGAUUUUUUACGCAAACAUGGUGAAAGAAAAUACAGAUAAAUUGACGAAAACAAAGUAAUAUCAGAACAGACUGACUACAACGUACAUCCCUCUACGUAUACGUUUUACACGCUCCUAACUUAUAAGAAUUUACAAAAAAUACCUACUUUGGACGGAAACUGCAUAUCAACUUAAUCUUUGCAUUAAAAAAAUAAAAAAAAGGUUCUUUCAAUGACGAUGCUUUUUGUCAUCUCUUUGGUGAAAAUAACUGGUUUACUGUCGACGACAAUCGUCUGCAAAACACAUAAUAUGUGUUAUUAAUCAAUGUUAAACUAGGUAAACCUUGACGUACGUAUCAAUUAUGUGUGAUAGAUGACCAAAUAAUUUAGUAGAACGUUUGGAUUUAAAGUAUAAAAUAUGUCUCUAGUAGAUGAAAUAUAUUAAAGAUGCUUAAAAUGAAGAAAUAUGUAUCAAAUAUAAUUAGUAAAACAUUUAUAUAAUCUUACGAUUUUAAAUAGAAGACGUAUGGUAGGUAUCUACCAACGUUGUAUAUCUUUAAGUAAAUGUAAUUCUAUAAAAAACACACCUAUGUCAUUCUUAAGACACUCUAUCUCAACCAACUAAACUGUCGUCACCCAAAUCGACUAGAACAACUUUUCUCCAUUUAAUUAUUGUUUUUGGCAGUAAUGGCACCAUCGUAAUAAUGGCGCGUUACAUAAAAGUUUCGUUAGUUUAUUCGUUUUAGGAUCUACCACUUUAUUAUUUUAAACUUUUCUAAUUUUUAAUCUUUGUAUUUUUCGUUCUUAAAAGUUUGUAUUAUCAAUUUUUUGUUGCAAUUAAAUCGAAUGCAACUAAUGACAAUAUUAGAUAACUUAGAAAACUAAAGUAUAUUUACACCAAAUCAAAUUAUUUUGUUUAUCGUUGAUUGAAAGCGUGUUAACUCUAUUUAAAAGUUUAAUUAAUCUGUCCUGCUAUCAUAAAAUCAAUAGGUAUUUUGUGGUUCUUUUGUUUAUGCCAUCAUUUAUAGGGAAACAUCAGCUAUAUCUUAAAAGCCCUCUUACAAUGUAAAUGAAUUCUAUGUAAUUUUACUUGAAAAUAAGGUAGCAGAAUAUAGUAAGUUAAGUAUUGAGUGUUAAAAUGUCUAUGAAAAUAACUGUAAACGUAAUGAUAAUCAUAAUGAUAUGGAUUUAAUUACAAUAUCCGUUUAGUAGAAUAGAACGUAGUGCGUAGUUGUACACAAGCAUUGAAUGGAACCGCAUGAUAGAAGCCAAACUGUAUCCAUGAUUCUUAAAUAAAUCCGCUUUAAAAUGGA